UUCGUUAUUUGGCUGCAGCUCUCCCUCUCCUAUCUCUUCCCCGGUGCUCCCCGCACUUCCACGCCGCCGCCAUCAUCGCUGCUGCUUUCCGACCACCUUCCCCUGACCUUCUAAGCGCUCCUCGCUCAACUUCAUCGAUUCCGGCUCCCUAAUACCGGCACUCUCUCCGCCUGCAGCCUUCUCUUUCCCCUCGCACGCCCGCGCCACCUCCAACCCCGAUCAAGGGGAACACGACUUCCCUUUCUAGUGCCGAAGGUCUGAUCGAGGCCUCUUUUGUCUCCGAGCGAUUCUCGAGAGCCGCCACCAACCCAAACAGGAGGACUGGAUUCAGCGGCACCACAAAGGACGGGUCCAAAGCCCCGCCGGCUGUAUAGUGGAUAAACAUGAGUCGUGCUCUUCUCUCUCAAUUUCUCAACGUGUCCUUUGCCUCUCCGCGACUAUCCGCAUCGAUUAUCGACCGUGGUCAGUAUUUGAGGAGAGUAGGCAUCCCGUCUCGCGCAGUGGUUGCUGAUUUCAGUUGCGACUGCAGUGCUUCCGCUUCCGCUCCUGCUCCUGCUCCUGCUACAGAGGCUCCGGGGCUUUCUCCCAGUCCAUCCAAGAAAAGAGUUGUUUCUGGGGUACAACCCACAGGAUCUGUACACCUUGGAAACUAUCUUGGUGCAAUAAAAAAUUGGGUUCUACUUCAGGAUACUUAUGAUACAUUCUUCUUCAUCGUAGACUUGCAUGCGAUCACUCUACCAUAUGAUGCCUCAGAAUUGUCUAAAGCAACAAGAAGUACAGCAGCAUUAUAUUUGGCUUGUGGUAUCGAUCCAUCCAAGGCUUCUGUAUUUUUGCAAUCUCAUGUUCGUGCUCAUGUGGAGUUGAUGUGGCUGCUCAGUUCUGUCACACCACUUGGCUGGUUGAAUAGGAUGAUCCAAUUUAAAGAAAAAUCUCGGAUGGCGGGUGAUGAGAAUGUAGGAGUUGCACUUUUAACUUAUCCGGUUCUGAUGGCUUCAGAUAUUCUGUUGUACCAGACUGAUUUGGUACCUGUUGGUGAGGAUCAGAAACAACAUUUGGAACUUACUCGUGAAUUAGCUGAAAGAGUAAAUUAUUUGUAUGGAGGAAGGAAAUGGAAGAAAUUGGGAGGGAGAGGUGGUAUGUUAUUCAAGGUUCCUGAAGCCUUUAUUCCACCAACAGGGGCUCGGGUUAUGUCACUCACAGAUGGUCUUUCAAAGAUGUCGAAGUCUUCGCCUUCUGAUCAGUCUCGCAUCAAUCUUCUUGAUACAAAAGAUGUGAUUGCUAACAAGAUCAAACGCUGCAAAACCGACUCAUUCACGGGGAUGGAGUUUGAUAAUCCUGAAAGACCUGAAUGCAAUAAUCUUUUAUCUAUCUAUCAGCUUGUAACUGGGAAGACCAAAGAGGAAGUCGAAAAUGAAUGCCAAAAUAUGAACUGGGGAACAUUCAAGGCAAUCCUCACAGAUGCUGUGGUGGAUCAUCUGCAUCCAAUCCAGGUACGGUAUUCAGAGAUUACUACUGAUCCAACAUAUUUGGAUCAUAUUUUGUCAGAGGGUGCUAAAAAAGCAGCUGACAUAGCGGAAAUCACUCUCAGCAAUGUCUACCAGGCCAUGGGGUUCUUGAAGAGAUAGCUCAUGUUCUUGCUUCUGCGAGGCCAUUCUUUAUUAUUCCCUUGUAAGACUCAGGACGAAGGAGUUUUGAAUUAACUAGGAGUUUUGAAUAAGUUAAUUUAUUUUCAUGAUUUAUAGCGAUUCUUUUCUCAAGACGUCAUACACAUUUGUAUUCUGAUAUUAAAAUAUACUUCUUGCUUA